GAGCAUUGGACGGGUUUCUUGAUAAAUCCGUGUGAUUUCGGAAUUCGGACCCCCGUUGUGCCGGUGUUUCGGACUUGUGGGUAAAGUGUCAGCAACCGUUAUCGUGGUGGCUCCAUUUGCUACAGUGGAUUGUUGGAUGAAGGAGAUUCAGAGCACAGGAGCUCUGAAGGAAAUUAGGCAGAAACAGAGGAAAGAAGGAGGGGAAUGGGAAGGACAGAGGAAAGAACUAGAGAAGGUGAUCGCAUGAAAGAAUAUGUGGGCUUCAUUUGAAACAGUCCGGCCCGCUAUGUCUCAAAUCUAGGAGUCCGGUAGUUAAUGGGCCGAUCCGAGGACGCACAACAGCGACCGCCUCGACGAACGACGCGAUCCACGCCGAGGCGAAAGCGGCGGCGGCGGCGGCGGCGACGGCGGAGAGGAAAGUAACUGCUCCUCCGUUAAAUUCUAUACCUCUUGACCACUUUCUGCCAGGUUACCACUGAUUCGAACUGGAUCACCGAAUCAGUUGCUUAACCGUAAGCAUAUAUUGGAAUGGAAGGUUUCUCCCCUACUUUGGAAUUCUUCUCAUCUUAAUCAUUAUGCAUUUAGCGUAGAUUAACACUUGUUGCUAUGGUCUUGUUGAAUUGUGUAUUUGUGUUCUAACUAUACGUGUAAUGAAGAAAUACAGACACUUUAUUGUUCACUUAUCCCAGGUUUAUGUUUUUUCAGGAACUGAUGGGGCUGAUUUUAUGGCAUUGGUUGCUUUUCUUCUUUAACUUAAUGUCGCUCUGUUGCAGUUUGAGUUCAGAUGGCCUUGCCCUCCUUGCUCUCUCCAAGAGGCUCAUACUACCUGACAUGAUAAGAUCGAAUUGGAGUUCUCAUGAUACAACUCCUUGUGAAUGGAAGGGAGUUCAGUGCAAGAUGAACAAUGUGGCUCACCUUAAUCUAUCAUAUUAUGGAGUUUCUGGUUCCAUUGGUCCUGAGAUAGGACGCAUAAAGUACCUGGAACAGCUUGACCUGUCAAGUAACCACAUCUCUGGUUUAAUCCCUCCUGAAUUGGGCAACUGUACUGUGCUUACUCUAUUGGAUCUGUCGAAUAACAGCCUCUCUGGUGUAAUUCCGGCAUCCUUCAUGAACCUUAAGAAGCUAUCACAACUCGCAUUGUACAGCAACUCCCUCGGUGGGGAGAUACCUGAGGGAUUGUUUAAGAACCAAUUUCUGGAGCGGGUGUUUCUUGACAACAAUAAACUCAAUGGUUCGAUCCCUUCAUCAGUUGGUGAAAUGACAGGUCUUAGAUACUUUAGAUUGAAUGGGAAUAUGCUAUCUGGAGUUCUACCAGAUUCAAUUGGCAACUGCACCAAGUUGGUGAAUCUAUAUCUGUACGAUAAUAAAUUGAAUGGGAGUCUUCCAAAAUCCUUGAGCAAUAUGGAAGGACUCAUAUUCUUGGAUGUCAGCAACAAUGGUUUUACAGGCGACAUCUCUUUUAAAUUCAAGAACUGCAAACUGGAAGACUUCGUGUUAUCUUCGAAUCAGAUCAGUGGAAAAAUCCCGGAAUGGCUGGGCAAUUGUAGCAGCUUAACCACACUUGGGUUUUACAACAAUAGAUUCUCCGGACAGAUACCAACUUCAAUAGGUUUAUUGAGAAACAUCUCAGUUCUUAUACUUACUCAGAACUCCUUGACUGGGCCAAUCCCUCUUGAGAUCGGCAACUGUCGGUCAUUGGUGUGGCUGCAGUUGGGUGCAAACCAGCUUGAGGGCACCGUUCCAAAACAACUAGCUAAGUUGAAUAAGUUGGAGCGUCUCUUUCUGUUCGAGAAUCACCUGACUGGGGAGUUCCCUCAGGAUAUUUGGGGCAUUCAAAGCCUUGAGUAUGUCCUGUUGUACAGGAACAACUUAUCUGGCCGGCUACCUCCAAUGUUGGCCGAAUUGAAGCACCUACAGUUUGUGAAACUAUUGGACAAUUUGUUCACCGGAGUCAUACCACCGGGGUUUGGGAUGAAUAGCCCUUUAGUAGAGAUUGAUUUCACAAAUAACAGUUUUGUUGGGGGAAUCCCACCGAACAUUUGUUCAGGGAAUAGAUUGGAGGUCUUGAACUUGGGGAAUAAUUUUCUCAAUGGUACCAUCCCAUCCAAUGUUGCCAACUGUUCAAGUCUGAUACGAGUUCGUCUCCAGAACAACAGUCUUAAUGGACAAGUUCCACAAUUUGGACAUUGUGCACAUCUGAACUUUACAGAUCUGAGUCACAAUUUCUUAAGUGGUGAUAUUCCGGCAAGUCUUGGAAGAUGCGUGAAAAUGACAUACAUAGACUGGUCUAGAAACAAGCUUGCUGGUCCAAUACCAACCGAACUUGGACAAUUAGUGAAGUUGGAAAGUCUUGACCUCUCCCACAACUCUUUGAAUGGUUCUGCGCUUAUAAUACUAUGCAGUCUGAGGUAUAUGUCAAAACUGCGGUUGCAGGAGAAUAAAUUCAGUGGUGGCAUUCCAGAUUGUAUCUCGCAAUUAAAUAUGCUAAUCGAGCUGCAGCUUGGUGGCAAUGUUCUUGGGGGUAAUAUCCCUUCAUCAGUAGGAUCUUUGAAAAAAUUGAGUAUUGCACUAAACCUUAGUAGCAAUAGCCUGAUGGGUGACAUUCCGUCCCAAUUAGGCAACUUGGUGGAUCUUGCAAGUUUAGAUUUGUCGUUUAAUAAUCUUUCUGGAGGGCUUGAUUCUUUAAGAAGUCUAGGCUCAUUGUAUGCUUUGAAUCUUUCCUUCAACAAAUUCAGCGGGCCAGUGCCAGAAAAUCUUUUACAGUUUCUGAAUUCCACGUCAAGUCCCUUGAAUGGAAAUUCAGGCCUUUGUAUUUCUUGUCAUGAUGGUGAUUCCUCUUGCAAGGGAGUUAAUGUUUUGAAACUGUGUAGUCAAUCGAGCAAAAGAGGAGUACUCGGCCGAGUCAAGAUAGCUGUGAUAUGUCUUGGUUCAGUUCUUGUUGGUGCAUUGCUGAUACUUUGUAUUUUCUUGAAGUACAGAUGUUCGAAGACUAAGGUUGAGGGAGGGUUAGCUAAAUUCCUUAGCGAGUCUUCUUCUAAACUAAUUGAGGUUAUAGAAUCAACUGAAAACUUCGAUGACAAGUACAUCAUUGGCACAGGUGGCCAUGGAACUGUAUACAAGGCAACACUGAGGUCAGGAGAAGUAUAUGCUGUGAAAAAGCUUGUGUCUGGUGCCACCAAGAUUUUGAAUGCAAGCAUGAUAAGAGAGAUGAACACACUUGGUCAUAUUAGGCAUAGGAACUUGGUAAAAUUAAAGGACUUUUUGUUGAAACGUGAGUAUGGGCUGAUCCUGUAUGAAUUCAUGGAGAAAGGUAGCCUACAUGAUGUUCUCCAUGGGACUGAGCAAGCACCAGUAUUGGAGUGGAGUAUACGAUAUAAUAUAGCUCUGGGUACAGCUCAUGGUUUAGCUUAUCUCCACAAUGACUGUCAACCAGCCAUCAUUCACCGUGAUAUCAAACCAAAAAAUAUACUGUUGGACAAGGACAUGGUGCCACAUAUCUCGGACUUUGGCAUUGCAAAGAUUAUUGAUCAGUCCCCCGCUGCUCCACAGACCACUGGUAUCGUUGGCACCAUUGGAUAUAUGGCCCCAGAAAUGGCAUUUUCAACCAGGAGUACAAUCGAAUUCGACGUCUAUAGCUACGGAGUGGUAUUACUUGAACUGAUUACGAGAAAGAUGGCCCUGGAUCCCUCAUUUCCUGAUAACCUGGACCUAGUUAGCUGGGUAUCCUCCACGCUGAACGAGGGCAAUAUAGUCGAAACUGUGUCCGACCCAGCUCUUAUGCGUGAAGUAUGUGGAACUGCUGAACUGGAGGAAGUACGCGGUGUGCUGUCGAUAGCUCUUAAAUGCAUCGCCAAGGACCCAAGACAGAGGCCUUCCAUGGUGGACGUUGUGAAAGAGCUGACACAUUCUAGGCGUGAUGAUUUAUCCCUGUCGAAGCAGGAGAUAUCUGGUUCCAGCAGUUCUCUUCGCAACCAAGCACCCUCUUGUUUUGUUCCAGCAGUUCCAGUAAACAGAGAUAACAGUGUCACCAACAGUUCUUAGGGAUUGCAGAGGAAGCAAUUUCGGAAGAGGAUGCUGGGAGAAAAGAAGAGAUGUUUCAGGUGGCACCGUAGCUGGCACAAAGGUACUUCAGCAACUCCUGUGUAUUUUGCCUCGUCAAUUCUCUACCUACACACUUUGUUAGAGUUCAGUAGCAGGUAUAACUAUAAGCCUCCCGAAAAUUGUAAUGCUUAGUGCUAUUCAAGAUUUGGCUCUAUUCCCUUUGUAAAGCUAUCUUCUGUUGAAAUGGAAUCACCCUUUCCAAGAAGAAAAAAGCAAUUUUCAUAGCCACUGGUUUUAUUCAGUGAUUCUGCAAGCUUUUGCAA